AUGACAAGAACGUUUACAUCGCAUACAGAUGAGAGUAUCGAUUUGUGGUGCAUCUCGCAAUCAGUCGCAUUGACACAGCAGCCGUGCGCGGCGCCGGUGUGGUACGAGUCACUAGGACUGCACUCCCGGCUGCGCUGCCAGGCUGCGUCGACAACGCUCCGACACCGCUUCGUUGCCGCGACACUACAUCACUAUCGCGAUAUUUUUCAUCCCUUGACAUCCGCUCUGUUAGCGUCAGUUCACUCGUAA